AUGAAUAGUUCUGAUUUGAGCAACAUUUUGGAGGAUGAGGAUUCGGGUCCGACCCUCUAUUUUGUUGACAGCAGCAAGUGCAAGAUCCCCUAUGUGGACCCUUUCGAUGCGGCAGCCACCGCGAUUUACAAGCCACUGGUGUUUGAGUCCUGUUCCAACGAUACUGGACUAGUUACUCCGAUUUACAAUGAAGCCAUUAAGCACUAUGUUCUGCAUAUCAAUGAAACUUUGGCCUCCCAGAUUCUUAAUUCGAGUAACAUUGAAUACAACUGCUACUAUCAGGAGGUGGUUCGAAACGCGAAAAAGGAUGGCUACGAUGUAAAGGAAGCCAAGUACUUCUCGCAGGACUUUGUGGUGCCGCGCCAUGUUCAAGGACUAGUCUCGACCUGCCACCGCUUGGGCAAUGCCUCGCAUAUCCUACAGGCGGAUGCCUUUACACUCAUCCAAUAUGCAGAGCCCUCUUCCAAGAACCAAUCCUCGCAAGAUCCGUCGCGACGCAAGCCGAGUGUCAUCAUGUUUGGCAUUGAUAAUCUCUCGAGGAUUAAUCUGAGGCGCACCAUGCCAAAGGUUUACAAUUUUCUUACUCGCAAGGGCUGGUACGAAAUGCAAGGAUACAACAAGAUUGGCGAUAACACCUUUCCCAAUCUGAUGGCCAUCUUGACUGGCCAUAGCCUGGACUCCGCUAAGGAUAAUAUUUGUGAUUUCAAAAAAAGGGGUUGCAUGGAUAAAUAUCCCUUCGUGUGGAAUCUGUUUCGGGAGGCGGGCUACCUAACGGCCCUCGCAGAAGAUGAGCCAAGCAUAAGUACUUUUAACUAUGUAAAACCAGGUUUUGUGGAGCAACCCACGGACUACUAUCAACGUCCCAGCCAAAAGGCCUUCGAGACGCUACUGCCCCAAUGGAAGUGUCCUGAGUGUACAAUGAAGUACUGUAUAGGCCGGAGGAUCACCAGUAGCUAUAUCUAUGAUUUUGGAUCGGAAUUCGUGCGUCGGUAUGUGGACGAGAGACCCAUUUGGGGGCUCUUCUGGACGAACAGCUUUAGUCACGACAAUUACCGGAUGCCCUCCAAGAUGGAAGACUUCGUGUUGCAGUACCUUUUAGAUUUUGAAGCCGAUGGAGUUUACGAGCAAAGCAUAGUGAUAUUUCUGUCCGAUCAUGGGAAUCGAUAUGGACAGCUUUUGGACUUGCCGAGUGGUUUCCUGGAGAAUCGCCUACCCACGAUGUUCAUCUACUUGCCUCCAUGGUUCCGAGCUCACUAUCCUGAAUACACACGUGCUCUGCAGCAGAAUAAGCGGCGACUCACCUCCAAUUACGACCUGUACAACACCCUGGUCCAUCUCAUCGAAUUGGGCAAUCCCGAGAAAACGCCGCGCUGGCCUCGGGCCUCCAGUUGCCCCAAAUGCCACUCACUUUUUGAGGUGGCGGAUGAGGAGCGAAGCUGCGAGGAUGCCGGCAUUCCGGAACACUACUGCACCUGCGUGCCGUUCAAGACAGUAUCAGCCAAGUGGACUGAGCGGAUUGCCCCCCUGGUUAUCCGCAAUAUCAACGGAUAUCUGGAGGAGCGAAACCUCACUGGCAUUUGUGCGAACCUUACACUGCACUACAUCCACAGGACUGAGAUGAAAAUUGAUUUGGAUAAGAACUACCAUGAAGAGUCGCCCUUUGUCGAGGUGGCUGUCUAUCGAACCAAGUUUAAGGUGAAACAGGGAAGUGCGGACUUCGAGGCCACAGUUUCCUUCAACAAUGCCACGGAAACCGUGGAGGUUGAAAUGCCCUCUAUAAGUAGAGUGAGCUCCUACGAAAAGACUGCCAAGUGCGUGGAAAAUAAAAUCGACAGGUUGUACUGCAUUUGUUUAAGUAGUCUUUAGAAGUAGACACAUCUUAGAAGUUAGGCAUCAAACCUCAUUUAUCAUUAUACCAAUAAAACAAGCUAGUUGAGAACUCAGUUUAAGCGUAAAGUGACACAAUUGUAUAUUUAUAAACUCGUGACAUGGCGUCAUGAACAGAUCUCCGACCCCAUCAGUACGCUCUUCUAUUUUACAAGUACUUGCCAUAUGCCGGCUAUCUAAUGAUUAUUUCAAAUUAACAAUGAAAUUGAUACUUUAUGAAGCCGCAAGGGUGGCUACAAAACUUGUUUUGCGAAUGGAAACUGUUGGGAAAACAAAUUUACGAAUCAAUCAAAAUAUACGCGCAUUAAGUUUUAACAUGGUAAGGUUGAAAAGGGGAUGGUUGCUGGGCAUGGGAUCUGAUAGGAUGGGCCAGAAAACAUGGCAGCGGAUGAGUUCAUCGGGGACAGGGUAAAAAUGUAACAAAUCGGAGUCUUUUGAUAAGUGGAAGUCUGGCCCUCA